ACACAUUUUUAAGCCGAGUGUACUCAGACUUAGUAGAAUUGAAUCGGCUUUAAGUGGCAGACACGCUACUCGUCUGUUUUAUAAACGCGUAGGAAGGCGUGUUUUUUAACAGUAAAUAACAUGCAGUCUGUAUUGGCGUUUUGUUUAUUAUUGUUAAGUUUUUGGAAUUUAUGCGCUAGUUCGCGAUCUGGGCUAUACAUCGAUAAUGGUUUCGAUCAGACAGCAAUAGAACGGAUUAUUUCUAAAGAUGAAAAGAAAGAAAUGGAAUUGGAGAUAUUAAGUCUUUUGGGGUUGCCGAAGAGACCAAUGAAGUUCAAUAAGAGUCCGUUGAAGAAGUCUGCGCCCAGAUUUCUUCUCGAUGUUUAUAAAACGCUGAUGAAUGAAGAGAGUGAAGAGAACAGUAGGUCAAAGAGGAGUUCCGAUGUUUAUUUGAGUGGCGAAGAACAGCAUCAGAUUGAUGAAAGUGAUAUUAUCAUGACUUUUGAAAGUGUUAAUGAUCAUGUGACAAGCGUAAGGCAUGAGAGAGGAAAAAGACUGUGGUUUAAUGUAAGCGAUGUACCUGUGGCAGAAGAUGUGGUUGGAGCUGAACUUCGAAUAUAUAAAAAUAGGAGAAAAGGAAGCAAACACAGCGGCACUACUUUUACUGUUACGGCAUAUCAGCUGGUUAAAACAGAUGAAGGUGAAAAGGAUUUGGAAUACGUGUUUGCAGCUAACACGACGCUGGACUCAACGGGAUGGAUGCGACUAAAUUUAACCCAGUGCCUGGCCUCUUGGGUGGCAUUUCCGAAUUCCAAUAAAGGCCUCUACCUGUCUGUACAUCCUGUAGAUAGACCAGGACACGAAAUCAGGCCGGAAGAUAUUGGACUCGUUACAAUUAAAGGAGAAGACGAGAUUCAACCCUUUAUGGUCGCGUUUCUAAAAGCUGUCAAUAAUGUUAAACCGAGGGUAACCAGAGAUACACGAACGAAAAAAGAUACAUUUAGCAGCGUGAUGUCUGGAUAUCAUCCCAAAGGUAAAGUUGACACCGACAUUAGAGCAGAUUUGAGAAGAAGUUGCAGAAUAGAAACUUUGUACAUCAGUUUCAAGGAUUUGUCCUGGCAGGAUUGGAUCAUAGCACCUGACGGUUAUGCAGCCUACUACUGUGCUGGAGAAUGCAACUUUCCACUGAACGCUCACAUGAACGCAACGAACCACGCAAUCGUCCAGACUUUAGUCCAUUUGAUGAACCCGUGGAGAUUCCCGAAGCCGUGUUGUGCGCCAACGAAAUUAAAUCCCAUAUCGGUUUUAUAUUUUCUAGACGAUCAAAACGUCAUUUUGAAAAAAUAUAAAAAGAUGGUGGUGAAAAGUUGCGGUUGUCAUUAAAUUUUAUUUGUUUAUUGUAUAUAUUGUAAAUGUUUUUACCAUUUUUUGACAAAAUUUUUGGAAAAAUACUCGAAUUUUGAUAAUCCGAGUAGUUUAAUAUAAAAAUAAUGGUAUAAUGUGAUAUUUUAUCAGCCAUACAUUGAUUUAUGCGUGAAUGACAUAUUUCUAAAAAUUUGAUUAGUUUUAACAAAAAUAUACCAAAAAUUAACGAUAAAGGAAAAAGAUAAAAUCUUAAAGACUGUGUCAAAGAAACGAGGCGAACAUUUCCCUCAUGGAAAUAACUACUCUCUUGGCUAAUACCGCAACAGGCAUUGCAUUAUAUUAAAAUGUGAAUAGCAGAAAUAGAAAAUAAUUUUCAACUCUCUACUACUACUACUACUACUACUACUACUACUACUACUACUACUACUACUACUACUACUUUCAGUCUCUGCUAUUCACCUUUUAAUAUAAUGCAAUGCCAGUUGCGCUAUUAGCCAAGGGAGUAGUUGUUUUCAAGAAAGAAAUGGUCGCUUCGUUUCAGUGACACGGUCUUUGAGAUUUUAUCUUUUUUCCUUUAUGGUUUAUUUUUAAAUUGGUCACAUUUGCGAAUAGGAAUAUUUUUCCUUUAAAAAUAUACCAGUCAAUAUAUUUUUUAGUUUAGAUUUAGUGGGUUUAUUUUAUAUUAAUACAUUAUAAUUCAAUUAUUUUAUUAAGUUUAACUGUAAAUAUGUGUAUAAUGUACGUUUUUAAAUUACUGACAAUAUAACACAAAUUCAGAUAGUGAUGCUGAUGGAUUUGAAAGUCUAAGAAAAAAAUGUAGUUGUUCAUUUCACGUGUCAAAAAGGAAGUAUAAGUUAAAACUUUAGAUACUCAAACUCAUCAAAUUAGUAGCAACAUAAUAUAUGGUGGGAGUUGACCCCUAGUAUACAUACAUGAUUCAAAUCUGGGGUAUGAGAUUUUAUGUUAUGUUAGAUGCAAUUUUUUUACUUUAUCUUUAAACAAUGUAGAUCAUUCAUACUAAGGUGGGUAUAUCGUGAUUCAUACCAUACUCUAUAUAAAAUUCCACUAUAGGCUAAUGAACAUAAUACUCUCUUCAUAAGAAGGGUGUAUUUUUUAAUGGAUGCAUGUUGUAUAAUUUAAUUCCAAAUUAUGUAAAAAAUGCUCCAACAUGAACAAUUUCAAAAAGAAACUAAAAAUAAAAUACAUAAACGAUGUCAAUCCAUAUACUCUUGAUGAGUUUGUAUCAUUUCACUAAGUCUAAUCAUAAUUAUUACUUACAUUUGUGUUUUAUUAUUAUUAUUAUUAUUAUCAUUAUUAUAACUGUCUCUAAGUUUAAUUACUAUUUGAAUUUGUGUUUUAUUUUAUUAUUAUUACUAUUAUUAUAUCUGUUGCUCAUUUUAUUUAUAUAUUCUCAUUUACUUUGACUUGUUUUCUAUAUAAUAUUCAUAUGAAAAUAAAGAUUAUUAUUAUA